UUCCCACCUCUUCCCAUUUCUGCCUUUGUCUCUGGUAAGGACGUGUUUCUGUCCGCCAUUUCGUAUCUCAAGAAGUUUGACUCUAGUGCUCUAAUUGAGAAGAUCGAAGAACCAUGACCGGGAAAUCAUCGCAGACAUCCCAUGAGCCUAUUGUUCUUUGCGAUCAGUGUGAACACGCAUUCUUCCCAUCCGAUACUCGCUCGCCUGCUUCUUUUGUAGACCAAUGUCGCGGUUUCUACACCCCUUCGAGCAGGCAACGCGAAGAGAUCCUCCGCGAGAAAUCGCGUCUUGAAGGCGUUGCCGAUGAUUACGACCGCGAAUUAACACGACUGCGCGACCUCGUCACCCAGCUUGAAUCGGGAAGAGCCCAAGUACAGACCCAUAUCGACGACUACACUAGCCUAGCUUCAGCGCCUAUCCGUCGUCUGCGCAAUCCCCUUUCCCAGUCAAAUAAUUAUCAGCCUUUCUUUUCUUCACUUGCGCAACAUGACCCAGACAAGAUUCUCAAGCGCAUAUUCACGUUCGCCUGCUACCGCGGCGAAGACGACGCCCUCGACUCUCACCUUCAAUGGCUGAAUCCUUUGGUAAUAUCACACGUCUGCUCUCACUGGCGCAAGGUAUCCUUGGAUAUGCCUGAGAUGUGGUCAUACCUAGACGUCACCUGGGACCUAAACCCGAAGUCCAAUCUGGAACUCUUACGCAUGUAUAUCGCCCGCACUAAAACGGACACGCCAUUAUCGAUCAGGAUUAAUUCGGACAUGGAGCUCUUCAACCUCCACUACCACGCCUUUAGUCUCGUCCUGGAGCAUGCCAAACGUUGGAGGGAGGCAAUCAUCAUCGUUGAUCAUCAGCUACUUUGGCAGUUCCUCCCUGACUCCUUUGACAUCUUGGAGAAGCUAGUGCUUCGUAUUCUGAACAUUCAAAGAGACCAAGUUGUCGAGUAUUUUAAAUUUGUCCCGAAACUUCGCCAUGUCAAAAUAGACGCAGCGUUUAGCGAUUUAUUAUCUCCUUUCUAUGCGGAAAGCCCGGGCCUAAUGGGUGGGACAGAUGUCCCGGACGUUGUUUGUUUUGAGUCAUGCCAACUCGAUGCACCAGGUCUUCAUCUCUCGCUCUUCCCCCCGUUCCGCAGCGGCUCUCUCCAGUGGACCAACCUACAAGCGCUGACCCUCCAUUCCCUCUCUUCCGACUUCGAGAUGCUCUUAGACACCAUAACCAUGCCCAACUUGGAUCGGUUCAGCCUAGUCUUAGACCGAGACUACAAGUUCGACAUCUCUCUAUUUCUUUCCCUUCUCUCCCUUGUUGAGCGCUCCGAAUGCAAGCUUAGCGCUUUUACUCUGGACAUGACAUAUUGUCGUGGGGAACACGUCCAGUCACACAUAGAGAAACUUGAGUAUGAAAAUGAGCUACGGGAAUUUUUGGAAGCGAUUCCUUCGAUUACGGAGCUCCGGGUCGUCGCGCCGCUAGGCUCGGGGUGUAGACAUUGUGGUCAUAUAUUAUCGUUAGUGAUCGAGUGGCUCCUCGUCUUGGGUAACGAUGAUCCAAGCAUGAUUCUCCCCCAUCUGAGGAAUCUGGAGUUUGUCUGGGCGGCUUUGACGACUCGGAAUGUGAUGCCGCUCAGGUCUAUGGUGGAGAGUCGGGUGGAAGAACGUGUUAUGUUUGGAGAUGGAGAAGACGGGAAAGCGAGUGGAGACGUAAGUGUGGGCGGGUUUGGAGAUGACAUUAGCAUGGGUGAUGCUUCUUCCGAGACAAGUGCUCUUUCGAGUGAGAGCAACAGCGGUGAUCCUGUCGUUGUCAGCGCUCUUCAGUCUCUCGUUAUGGAAUCACGAGGAGAAAUAGAUGUGGACAAUUUCCUGUGGGAGUGGAUGAAGGAUGUAAGAACUCGAGGCAUGGUUGUGUAUCUACGGUAGUCUUUACCUUCUUGUUCUUCAGUCGCAUGUUGAUUUACAUUUUCAUUGGUACACUAUGACUUAAUAAUAAUGGCAUCAUACGAACUGUAUAGUAUACGUCUUUCGUAACUGAUGCGUUCUUACAAAAUAACCGUACUUUCUGUCCAUCAUUGAAUAGCCACUAGGGAUCGUCUUUGCCUGGUUCCUCGGCGCGAUUCACCACUCG